AUGGAGAUUUACCUUGGCAUAUUUGAGCCUCUACAGUCAUCUUCAACUGUGACUUGGGGGCAAUUCUUUGAAGAGUGGGCUGAGAAGCUCGUUCAUAUUUACCAAAACCAUCGAAUUUGGGAUAGGAAGGAAUUUGAAACUUCUUGCAGCUCUGCAAUGUGGACUGGAGGAGAAUUUGAUAUUCCAAAAGAGAACAACUCUCUAGUUGUAGGAGGCAAUGGCACAAGCCACACAACCACAAGUUUUAGGUCCUAUGCAGAAGUUGACACUGAAAAUGAAGAUGAUGACUUUGACCAGGAUUUUGAUUUUAGGUUAGCUAAUGGGAGGCUUCCCUUCGAUCGAGAUGUUUCCUCCAUGCUCUUUGCGGCGUGCUCUUUUUUUUCCGCAGUCACCUGGAUUAUCUUUAGUUGGAUUGUUGAAUUCCAGCUUCUGCAUCUAGGUGGAGCGUUCAUUGCCACUGCUAUCCAGCUCAUGUACUUUGCGACUUUCUCUGAGACAAUUCGUGCUUGCUGUGUUGCAAGAGCCUGGCCGAAAACUCUGGUAUAUGAGAAGGUGUCACAAAUCCCUGAUGUUGAGCUCUCACCGGGAUAUCCAUCUUCUUUGGGUAUGAAUUCUCUUCUCUUUGCAUUCCUUGCCGUUGUAUUUGGGGCUCCAUCUCAGGUCAGCCCCACGCAACUUGACGGUGUUCUUGUGGAGAUAACUUACCUCUCAAAGGCAAAGUCAUUGGGCGCAGUCUGCUUGGAUGGAAGCGUCCCAGCUUACCAUAUUGCGCCAGGAGGAGCAAACUGGCUCAUUAGUCUGGAGGGUGGAGGGUGGUGUGAGUCCGAGCAAUCUUGUGCUGCUAGAGCUGGAACUGCUCUGGGGAGCUCGGUCAACAUGCAAGGCUUUGCAGCGUUUAGUGGUCAGCUCAGCUCCGACCCCAAAGUCAACACCGACUUCCACAACUGGACCCAUGUUUUUGUGAGGUACUGCGAUGGAGCUUCUUUCAGUGCCGAUGUAGCUGAGCCCCUCACUCUACCCUCCGGUCAGGUUUUGUAUUUUCGAGGCAAAAGGAUUUUCAAAGCUGUAAUUGAUGAGCUCAAAUCCAUGGGAUUGAGCGACGCCACCCAGGUUCUUCUGUCGGGCUGCUCAGCUGGAGGAUUAGCCACAGUGCAUCGUUGCAAUGAGUUGCAAAGCUUUCUUCCCCGAAUCAAGCUCAAAUGCCUCAGUGACGGUGGAUUCUUCCUUAAUGUAUCAGACAUCAGUGGUAACUACUCAAUGUCUAGCUUUUACAACAGUGUGGUGAAACUGCACCAGCUAGAAAAGACACUGGAUUCCUCUUGUGUUUCUUCUAGAGCUGCCACUGAGUGCUUCUUCCCACAAACAAUGAAAGCGUUUGUCCAGCCUCCACUUUUCCUGCUAAACGCCGCAUACGAUUACUGGCAACUAGAGCACGCGAAAAAGAUCCCAAGGGAUCAAUACCUCUCCUGUAUGAACUCGCCGUCAUGCCCGGCGGUGAAAAAACUCCAGGAAUUCCGGACGAGCAUGAUCGGCGCUCUUUCAGCGUCAGACUGGAACUACAAGAGCUCGCUGGGAGUUUUCUUCGACUCGUGCUUCACGCACUGCCACGCCCGUGGGGACGACAAAUGGAACAAUAUCCAAGUCAAUGGAAAGUCAGUGUCGCAAACAGUAGGAGAUUGGUACUUUGAUCGCGAUCCACCACAACUGGUAAUUGAUUGCGCAUUUCCUUGCAACCCAACAUGCAUUCCAGUCUUCGAUUGAAAAUGUAGAGUGAGUGCUCUGUUUUAGGGAUUUAGAAUUUGCUCUGCUUUUAGGGUUCUUGAGAAACUUACAUGUGCGGUGACCAGAAACCACAUGCCCCAUCACAUGGGUACAUAAAGCUGCAAAUUUAAUGCGCGAAAAAGCUCUCCUAUAACUUGUUCGCGAGAAAUUAUAGCCACAUUCUUCCUCCAAGUUUGCUUGCUUGGACGCUUUCAAUUGUUUCUCCAAGUUUCUUGAAAGAAUGAGGCUUGUGUUGUUCUUGAUCGCGAUCACAACGAUCAUACCGCGUACCAAUGGGCAAUGCACAUACAUGGUGGAAGUUUCCACUGGCGAUCGCGAAGGCGCGGGCACCGACGCCGACGUCUUCCUCCGCCUGGCCAACUCCGCCGAUCAGUCCCUCAACUUCCAGCUCCAGCGCCCCGGGAACAACUUCGAGCGCAAUGCCGUGGAUCGAUUCGUGGCCACCAACGCUUGCAUCGGCCGGAUCUGCAAGGUGGAGGUGACCCAGAACGGCAAGUACCCGAGCUCCUCGUGGUACGUCAAGGGCCUCAACGUCUCGGUGAGGCAAUCCGGGAGCAACAAGUGCGUGAGCCGCGAGAUCUUCACGAUCGAUCAGUGGGUGCGAGACCCAGUGAUGGAGCGCGCUGGGAAUGGAUUCAAGACCAAGUAUCACUGGAUGCCGGCUUCCAAUUGCGACCAUGGAGCGCUUCCCAAUCCUCGCUGCUAGAACAAAUAAAGCUCCAAUCCAGGGCCAAGCAAAGUCUUAUCCUUGUACGUAGUGGUGUCAGUGAUUGAAGGGGGAGGAAAAGAGAGAUCCCGGGGAAAAACUCCCGGAGAUCUAGUUUAUAAUAAUGUUACUUUCGUGUCAGGGGAAGUUUAUAGCGCUUUCGGAUAUGGACAAAUUUUCGUGAUCUUGACUAAGAGAAGUUCUCCAAAAGCAUAAA